UUUUAAUAAAAUAAGUAAAGUUGGUCGUACCUUCUUGCAGGCUUUGCAGCAGUAUAGUUUCCGACUUUCCUUCUUUGGUAAGUACCGGUUUAAAAUUUCUUGCUAGCCAAAAACGAUAUUUACUUCAGGUAUGCUACAAAUUUAAGUCUACAAGUACUUGGAUCAUAGCUAUUAAAAUCGAUUCUUUAUCUCUCUCUAUAUACAUAAUUAUAUAUAUAUGAAAAGGGGCACAAUGAAGGGAAACGAAGCAGAGCUUAUGAAAUGUUUGAUGAAAUGCGUGAGAGAGGGGUGGUGUGUAAUCUUGUCACGUAUCAUACUCUGAUGGGUGGGUUGUGUUGAAAGCUUAGAGUUUGGAGGCGGAGAAGUUGGUGGAUCAAAUGAAGAGAGCUGGUGUCAUUCCAAAUCUAAUUACCUAUAAUACGCUAAUGGACGGCUACUGUAAGACUGGCCAGUUGAAAAAAGCUUCCACUUUACCCUGUCAACUAUAGUCAAAUGAUCAUUCUCCUGCCUUGGUGACCUAUAAUGUUCUGAUUGCUGGGUUUUCUUGAGCUGCAAAUACUGUAGGAGUCCCUAAUUUAGUAAGAGAGAUGGAAGACAGAGGGCUUAGAUCGUUCUAAAGUGACAUACACUACAUUAAUCGAUUCCUUUGUUCGAUCAGAUGACAUAGACGCAACAUUUAGGAUGUUUAAAUAAAUGGAGAAGGCCGGUGUGGCUGCAGAUGUUAACACCUUUGGAGUCUUAAUUCAUGGGUUGUGUGCAAUUGGUAAGCAGUUGGAGCCCAAUGGCGUGAUAUACAAUACGUACUGCAAAGAGGAUAGCUCCUAUAAGACCCUGAGGUUGCUUAAAGAGAUGAAUGCGAGGGGAAUGGUUCCAAUUGUUGCCAGAUAUAUAGUUCGACAAUUGGAGUUUUGUUCCAGGAUGGGAAGUGGGAAGAGGCUGUUUAGUUUACAACCUUCAGUUUCUAUUUACAAUAUAAUCUCUGGAGCCAAACAUGAUGUACAGUCCAGGAUGUAGUUUGCAUCCUGCAAAUAAGACACUGAGAAAAUUCUAGAAGACAUGAAUGAAGUUCUUCUGCAGUUCAAACUGAUAACAUGAAGCCAACUUUUUUCAAUGAAGACGCACAUUACUUCCUGGAAGCAUGGAUGCAUCAUGAAGUAUUUCUUAGUUUCUUGGUAAGCCUUAAUCACCUUCAUGGUUAUGUGUUGUUUACUACAAUUAUAUAUAAAACCUUUACCCUUAAUUGUGGAUAUGCAGUUCUCCAUAGCUCUUCUACAUCUAAAGUUAGCUCCUACUUUGAGUUCAGGAAUGAGCAAACAUCAUGCAAAUCUCGAACUUUAUUCUUGCAUUUGUUAAAAGUGUCUACUUUGCAUCUUAGUUAUUUGACUGGUCUAUGGUAAAAAUUUCACUAGUGUCGAGGUUUAUUAGAAACUAAAAUACUUUCACUAGGUUUUGUCAUAUUGGCAAAUUUUGCGAGCAUGAAGUAUUUCAGGCACUGCUGGGAUGAAAAUGGUAGCAUCCAUUGUUAAAUCCUUGAAAUGCAUCAAGAUUCUAAAUAUUUUGACAAGUGAUACACGUCAUAAACAUGAAAUGCAUUUAGUAAUUGGACUUAAUAAAAAUGCUGAGACUAUUUUGGCAACUCUUUGUUAUACUGGUUUGCCACUCUUUCUCUGUCUCUUGCUCAUGCACAUACACAAUGCAUGCUCAGAAAUAAUGAAAGAAACAGCAGCUUUGGACAUGAAAGUUGCUUCUUAAAAAGGAUGCCUAGAUGUGGAAAUCUGGAGCAUAUGCCGAGGUUAAUUUGCUUGUCAGCAUGCAUCUUGCUGUGAGCAGUGGUCAGUGGUGACUAGAAAAGUUCAUUGUAUAUGUUGACGUAACUUUCUUAUAUGCGUACGAUUUUUUAUUUAUGUUCAUUGACUAUUUUCUCACAGAUCUCUGUCAUAAUCAAUUUCAGGGAACUAGUGAAAAGAAUUUAAGGUGAUUCAUGGUUGUUACCUUGAGCACCCCACUAAAUUCGAGGUACUUGUGCCUUGCUAAGGAAACUUGAUCCAUUCGAAUAGUUAAUGGGUCUAAGGCAUAAGGAGAAAAUAGUUAACGGCUCCAAAGGAACAUGCGCAGGCGCACCACGUCAGCUAAAUGAUGUGGUGCGCAGCAGCCACUGAAUAGUUGUCAUUCUUGCACCUUUGUGCUCUAAAUUAAGGACAAGCACUAUGAUUUUCAUAUGCAUGCACUUGGGAAUUUCUCUCGCAGUUUAAUUUAGAAGAUAUAUUUCUUCUUUCUGCAGAAAUAUGAUUUUGGUAGUCACCUGAUUUCCAUCCUUGUAGGGUUCAAUGUACAAGGUUUAUUUCCCUUUUUAUGAUUCUGAUAUUCAGCGUAUUUUCCCCUAAACUGUUCAAUGCAAAACGAUAUUCUCCCUUUUUGGAUAUUCUUGUAAUUGCUGCCCUUGCACAAUUUUAUCGACGGGAUAUAUUUCCUUCUCUAUAGCAUGGUAAGAAUUUAUUGACUCUUGUAUUAUAAACUAUAAUUAACUUCAUGUAAAUAUACAAAGAAUACUAAUCGUUUCUCGUAAGACACGGAUUCAGACAUGUUGGACUCUGCUCGAGCAAGUCGAGUCCCGAACAUGGGCAGCUCACCGCAGCAUGAGCUGGAUAGAAAGAAUCCAUUUAUUGGCUUUCACAAAGCUCCUCUCCGCGAUAUCAAAUCCUUAACCACUGUCAACAUCUUGGCCAAUAAGCCUACAUACUUAUUUGGAAGGUUUAUAUACCAAGGAGCGGCCCAAUGUCUGCAAUCGGCUGAGGUUGCUACGGCCGCUAUUGCAACGACCGACCAAAAUUUGAAUUGGGGUAGUCCUCUAUAUGGCGUGCAGGCUGCACCUAAAGUGGCUGGCUUAGACCCAAGCUGGGGUCAACUAUCCUCUGAGUCACACCCUCCUCUAAGUGGCAUACUGGACACUAGUAAAGAUGUUUCUUAUCGCAAUGAGUCACAGAAAUAUUCAUCUCCCAUUACUCCUAUGGCUGCAGUCCCAUGGAACACGAAUUCUACAGCGCGACGACGAGGAAGAGUGCCGGUUGACCCAAAGAGUUGGUUGCCAGAGGGGUGGAAAGUCAACAAAAGGAAGAGGACCUCGGGUAAAACUGCUGGAGUUGUGGACAAGUACUAUGUUGAUCCAACAGGCCGUCGAUUUCGAUCGAAGAAAGAAGCGGUAGAGUUCUUAGAAACAGGCAUGCCACGGAAGAGGAAGGCGAAGAAGAGCUCUGAUAAAGAUGUGGAUGCUUUGGGGUGCUCUGGAAGGAGUAGAACUAACAAAUCCAAGAGUGCUGCACAGAGUUCUUCGCAUAGCUUUGAUUUGUUUUCAUGUUCGGAGUGAUGGACUUCCAUGUACUGGACUUGAAAAAAAAAACAGAAUGUAUUAAGGAAGAGUGGAAGGCAGCAUAGCAUUCACGCCCUCAAAACACCCUGAUAUGGUUGAGGAUUUGAGAUGGUCCAGCGACAGCCGACAUGUCUUUUUUUCUUUUCUGUUAGUUUUUCUGAUUUUACUUGGAACGAAAUCCCUUUGAAAUGAUCACUGUGAAAUUGUUUCAGGAAAUAAAAAUUUAAUAACAAUCUGAUGAUUCAUUGAUUCUGUUA